UGUUCAGUUUUAUCUCUCACCCUCUCGGUUUCUCUCUACUCUUGAAAGCACGAACCCAAGAGAGAGAGACGGAGACAAGGAUCAAAGGAAGAAGACGACGACGACAGAGAUGGAUCCAGACGCAAUUUCAAAGGCUUUCGUCGAGCACUACUACUCCACCUUCGACGCCAAUCGCGCAGGAUUGGUUUCUCUGUACCAGGAAGGAUCCAUGUUGACCUUCGAAGGCCAGAAGAUCCAGGGCUCUCAGAACAUCGUCGCCAAGCUCACGAGCCUCCCCUUCCAGCAGUGCAAGCACAACAUCACCACCGUCGAUUGCCAGCCCUCUGGUCCCGCCGGCGGCAUGGUCGUCUUUGUCUCCGGCAAUCUGCAGCUCGCUGGCGAACAGCACGCUCUCAAGUUCAGCCAGAUGUUUCACUUGAUGCCGACGGCACAAGGAAGCUACUAUGUGCACAAUGACAUAUUCAGGUUGAACUAUGCCUGAGGAAUGUGGUGGCAGGGGUUUAUGAACCAUUAUUACAAGCCAAAAGGAGACUGAUGGGAGGAAACUGAAGCUUGUUUCAAGUGUUUUGCUGUCUGUUUUUUUAAUUUAAAAUCAAUGGAGCUCUUUUGUUACUUUGGUUUGAGAUGACUCCGUUUGUUUUCGGGCAUUUAUCCAUGAUUCAGUAAGUGCUUAUUAUCAAACAAAGGUUUAUUUUGAAAUAUGCUUCUCCUUUUGGAAACCCUUAUUCAUAUGAAAAUAACUACUCUUUUCCA